UCCUCCCCUACUCCUCCCCCUUCCUCUCUCUCCUCCCUCUGUGUUUGAAACCUUUGAGCAAACACAGACCGGUUCAUUCCGGAUUGCACCCACACCACAUCACUGUUCUCCUCGGCAGCUCCCAUGGCUGCUGUAACAUCUGCGCAGUGGGGAGUCCUGCUCCUGUGGAUCAUUGGCUCUGUGGCUGCAGGAGAUCUGCAGGAGCUGAAGGCAACGCCCGGAGACCAGGUCACUCUCCAGUGCAACAGUACCACGGACGCUGCCGUCGCAAACUUGGUGUGGAUCAGAACCGACCUGCCCGACGACUACAUCUUCUUCUUCAGGGACAACAGGCCCAAUAGAAAAUACCAGGAUCCCCGUUAUCGUGGUCGAGUUGAGCUGAAGGAUCCAAAGAUGAACAACGGAGACGUUUCGGUUGUCAUGAAGGAGGUCAGCACAGCCGACACCGGAACGUACCAGUGUCGGGUUAUCCCUUCCAUGUACCGCAGCAAGAGAAGUGUGGAAGGCCUGGGAACGCUGGUGAGCUCCAUCCAGCUGAUCGUCUCUGAAGGUUCUGAAAAAAUAAAAAACAGACCCAUGAUUUCCUCCAGUGGACACGCUGCCAUGCAGCAGGGCUACGUCUCGCUGCUGCUGCUGCUGCUGGUGAACUUCAUGUAAAAUCCAAAGAGCUAAUGUAGGAAAUGUUCUUUUAUUCGAAGCCCAGGAGUCGAUUCAAAAGAAACUAAGUGAUAUAUAAUUACCUUCUACUUUCAUUCCAUAUCCAUUCAAGUUAGCAGCUGAUGCUAACAGACGUAGCCUCAGACCGUGUAGAAACACAGGGCACGUGAACACUGAGCGUCUUGUUUCCUGACUGAGUUUCAGCCAGUGUUCUGAGAGGACCUUUGAUCUGUGUUUCACCUUCCGUCACUUAAGUCAAAGCUGUAUAUAUCCUACACAUGAUAUCAAGUCUUCUUAAAGUUUCCAUUGUUUGAUUGAUCCGCUGUAUUCUAUAAAAAUGUGGAGUUUAAAUAAACUCAGUUUGCCUUCAUCUGUUA